GCAGACAAAAAAUACACGUAGGCACAAAAACGAAAAAGAAAAAAAAAACUCUUCACCUGGGACUUAGAGAUUUAGAUCUUAACGGCUGGUGUUCGAUUCUUCGUCUUAUGGCAUAAUCAACACCGUCUGAUCUCUUCCCACAUGCACCUCCAUCCUCCGAUCUCAUAUUCCUAAUCAGCUUCUCAGAUCCAAUUCUCCGAAAUCAACGGUUCUAAACUCAUUUCCCUUUAAUUUUGCACAAUUCCGAUGAACAGCUGUGUUAUGGGAGCAGAAGAGAUUAAAAAGGACAUGGAUAUCACCAGCUGGCCUUCAGAUUUGGCAUAUGAGCAGUGGGUAGCACUCCCGGUUUCUGGCGCACGACCAUCAGCUCGAUACAAGCAUGCUGCCGCUGUAGCUGAUGAGAAACUAUAUAUCACUGGAGGCAGUCGUAAUGGUCGAUACCUGUCUGAUAUUCAGGCAUUUGAUCUUAGAAGCUUGACAUGGUCUAGUCUGAAACUGGAGAUUGAUCCUAGUGCUGAUAAAUCAGAAGACAGUGGCUUACAGGAAGUUCUUCCAGGCAUUUCUGAUCACAGUAUGAUUAAAUGGGAAAAUAAACUUCUUCUUCUUGGUGGGCAUUCUAAGAAAUCUUCCGAUGCUAUGAUAGUGCAUUUUAUCAAUCUGGAGACGCAUGUCUGUGGUGUCAUGGAGACCUCAGGAAAAAUUCCGGUAGCACGUGGGGGUCAUUCUGUCACACUGGUGGGUUCUAAACUGAUAGUGUUUGGUGGAGAAGACAGGAGCAGGAAAUUGCUGAAUGAUGUACAUGUUCUCGAUUUACAGACAAUGACUUGGAGUGUAGUCGAGGCAACGCAGACACCCCCAGCUCCAAGAUUUGAUCACUCAGCUGCAGUGCACUCAGAGCGUUACCUUUUGAUUUUUGGUGGUUGUUCACAUUCAAUAUUCUUCAAUGAUCUUCAUGUGUUGGACUUGCACACUAUGGAGUGGUCCCAACCACAAGUUCAGGGUGAUUUGGUGAGUCCUAGGGCCGGUCAUGCUGGUAUUUCCAUUGAUGAAAUGUGGUAUAUUGUCGGUGGCGGAGAUAACAACAAUGGUUGCCCAGAGACUCUUGCCUUAAAUAUGUCCAAGUUAGUUUGGUCCACUCUGACCACUUUGAAGGAGAGGCAUCCACUUGCUAGUGAGGGCCUAAGUAUUUGCUCAGCUAUAAUUGAUGGAGGGAAGUAUUUGGUUGCAUUUGGUGGAUACAAUGGGAAAUAUAAUAAUGAGGUUUUUGUUAUGAAACUCAAACCAAGAGACUUAUCUCAGCCGAAGAUUUUCCAGUCCCCAGCAGCAGCUGCAGCAGCGGCUUCUGUUACUGCUGCAUAUGCCUUGGCAAAGUCUGAAAAAUUGGAUUUUCCGCAAAUAAUAGAUCUGAACUUUAAUGGAGUUGAAAACAAUGUUCCUAAAAAGGAUAUCAACCUUGAAAUUAAUGCAAUUAAAGAAGAGAAGGUGGUGUUGGAGUCGUCAAUUGAUGAAGCCAGGGCCGAAAACUCUAGGCUGAGAGAGAAGAUUGAUGAAUUAAAAAGCAAUCAUACUGAAUUGUCAAAGGAACUCCAAUCUGUCCAAAGUCAACUGAUAUCGGAGAGAUCAAGAUGCUUUAAACUUGAGGCUCAAAUUGCAGAACUACAGAAGAUGUUGGAAUCAUUAGAGUCCAUAGAAAAUGAAGUGCAAAUACUUAGGAGACAAAAGUCCGCACUGGAGCAGGAGAUGGAGGUUUCAUCUACCCAGCAACAAGGUUCAGGUGGUGUUUGGCGGUGGAUUGCCGGGGGCACAUAGAAGUUGCAUAUUUUUCAUACCAUCAUUGCUACGGUAUCUCCGAAGCAAUGGCUAGGUAAGUUCCAAUCCCACUGAUAUCAGAGAGUGCAAUCUACUCGAAUAUCACUUGGAUUGUACAUGCGGUUUACAUUUGUUUCGUUACUUUUCUUAAUAAGUGUUUGUGAGCUUUCGUGUUUGACCAUUAAAAUUUUCUCGAAGCUAUAGAAUCUGAAGUUGUUAAAAUUGUACUUUCCGUUGUCGGUUGUGUCAGCUCUUCUUUUAAUUUUCAAGUCUUUUUAUUCCA